AUGCAAAAUUAUUUUUAUGAACAUCUGAAUUACCUGCCUCCAGAGGAACUUAAACAAUACAUUACAGGUGCACGGCACCUUCGAGUAGCACGGAUUUCAGGUACACUUGCACCUCGACCUCUUUUAGACUUCUGGCGAGAGAUCCUGGGACGGCCAUUGUCAAUUACAUUCUCAACUACAGAGUUGGGAGGCAUGGGACUUAGCCUGAAUGGAGACACAGACACUGGUAUCGAUCGUUCGACUGGGGAGCCGGAACCUGGUGUUACGGUGAAACUCUCGGAAGGUAAUCAUGGGGAGCUGCUUGUCAAGUGCCUCCUUAUAUUUUCUCAUUACCUAGGCGACCCAGCUGCGACGGCAAACAUGUUUGACAUCGAGAGGUAUUAUAAGACAGGCGGCUAUGUACGUCGAGUAGGUGCGGAAUAUGUAAUUGAUGGCAGAAUCAACACAAACUGUGAGUAA